CACAAACACAUAUUGGUUAUGUAGGGUUGUUGUGUGUUUGCCCACAAAUUGAUAGCGGGCGCUGCAGAAUAUAACGCUAUACAUAAAUUUUGAGUAUGGGGUCGAUAGAUUAUCGCAUUGCGGACAUAUUGCUCGACGUGGACACGCAGUUGCGCCUCACUUACCGUCAAGCACCUCCAGGAAUACUUCAGAGUCUCGUACUUUAUCACAGGAUGAUCAUGAUGCUUGCUACCACCGUCGUACGGAUCAUGUCCUGCCUGGCAAUGCAUAUCUUCAGCGAAUUACUGCUGUACGCCCUACAGUUUGUCAAAGAGCCAAUCUCGUUGUUGUCAGACCUCAAUUAUCACAGAUCUCACAAGAAAGUCGCAUUCCGCCGCCGCGUAAGUAUUGUGCGGACUUACAGUGCAAACGAAUACGAUCGUACCGGAAGCGGUCGAUUGCACCUAUCACCGGGGGACAUGGAUGAGGUGCAAACCUUUUUAGAGGACUUUAAGAAAUACGAGAUGGACGUUCUCUAAAGUAUGGGCUGCUAGCAGAACUAACUCCAGUACCAAAAAAAAUUUAAUGUUGCUUCCAUAGUAUGGGACACAAACGUAUGGAACGUCAACUAGCAUAUUUGCAGCCUACAUGCACCAUUACUACCAAAUGAUGUUGGUUUAAAUCAUAUUUGAAAUAAAAAAU